AUGCCAAAGGUCAUCCUCACGCGCCGACAAAAGGUGCACAAAUGGUUCCGCCUGGUGGCCCUGCUCACCCUCAGGAAGUAUGGCUUCUUCAUCCUGGCAGUGCUCUACUACACCUUCUUGCUCUCUGCGGCAGUCAGCUCCUACGACCAGGUGUGGACUGAGUAUGCCAAGGCUGAGGACUGCCAGUAUGGAUUCGCUUCCAAUGUGAGCUCCAUGAUGAGCGCUGCCUACGAUGAAGCUUCCCUGGCACUGGCCACUGCUGCCCUGGACAACACUAAGUGCAUAAUGCGCACCACCGACAUAGACAUGCCCAGUCCGAUGCCGGACAUCCCACUCUCUGAGCUGCCUGACAGCGUGAUGCUCCACCUCUUUGGAUGGAUCAGAGAACCAGAUAUUGGCAUCCCUGAUUCCAAGCUUGUGGUCAACAACACGGCAGAUUCAGUGGUCAACAACAUGCAGGACUAUGCAAACAUGAUGUCCACGGUUGCCAAGUGGGUCGACUACGUGGGUUUUGGGGUGGUGUUUAUCACCAUCCUCAUCAUCUUGUGCACAUCCACUCACUACACUGUGAGGAACAAGCCCUGGAGGCCCCCCAAGAGCAGGUUGUGUGUCAUCCUUGUUGACAUCGUCCGAGCUGUGCUUGUCUACGCUGUGGCCAUGCUGGUCGUGUACAUGCAGGCCAACUCGAUGGACCGUGCAUGCAAGAUAAGGAUGGACGACACCCAGCUGUUGCUGCCAAGGUGUGAGGUCAAGGCGGAGUGCGGGUUGUCCUGUGUAAACGAGGUGCACGUAUUCGAAAACACCUGCCCUGGGUGCGACAUACCGCUGCAGUGGUGGUGGGUGGACUGGGACUCGCUGCCCAACAUAUUUGGCGCCCUCUACAUCCUAUUUCUUCUGACAGUGUACACGCUGGAGAGUGUGGAGACAAGGUACCAGCGGCGGCUGGCGGCACAGAACCAGGGGACAGGGUCACUUGGAGAGGAUGUUGUGGGCAAGGACAGGGGCAACGACAUGAGAUCGCCCUUGCUGCCUUAG